AUGGCGGCGUUGGCAGCGUAUAGACAUCUGCUCCGUUCAGCACGCAUAGCAUUCCAAGGCGACGAGCCCAUCCUCAACGCUGCACGCGCCCAGAUCCGGGGCGGUUUCCGCGAACAUGCAUCGCUAGAUCCCCAGAGCCCCGAGAUCGACGGCCACAUCAAGCACGCCCAAGACGUAGCCACGAUCCUCAGAGAAAACGUCGUCCAGGGCAAAAGGGACGGAGACAAGUACAAGCUGAGGAUACACGAGCACACCGAGCGAGGCGACAACGACACGGUCAAGGGCGCAGGAGGAAAGGCAGUCAAGUUUGGUGGCGGCUGCUGUUCUAGCUAA